AUGGCCGUCGUCUCCCUCGCGAAUUGGCGUGCCGUCCUAGGCCUCUUGGUCGUGGGCUCCGUCACCUCCUCCGUAGCCCGUCGGAUCUACGCCUGGUAUCGCCUCCGCCAUAUCAAGGGACCUUUCUGGGCGUCCUUCUCCCGCUGGUGGCUGGUUCAACAUGUUUCGGGCGGCACGAUGCACACGGACCUACUCGAGGUCAACGAGAAAUAUGGCCCGCUUGCCCGCAUCGGCCCAGACACACUCGUGACAUGCGAUCCCGAUCUUCUUCGCCGCAUGCUCGGCGUGCGAACGAACUACCGCCGAUCCGACUGGUAUAUCGCCAUGCGCCUCGAUCCGUCGCGGGACAAUGUCCUGUCUAUGAGGGACGACACGAGGCACAAUGAGCUCCGUGCCAAAAUGGCUGCAGGUUAUUCUGGAAAAGACAUAGAAAAUCUCGAGAAGCGAAUCGAUCGUGUUGUGCAAGAACUCGUUGACCUCAUCGAGCGAAAAUACCUCUCCACCGACACCGACUACCGUCCUCUCGACUUUGGUCGCAAGGCUCAGUACUUUACCCUCGAUGUCAUCUCCAACGUUGCCUUUGGCGAGCCUUUCGGCUUCUUGGCCACCGAUUCCGAUGUUCAUAGGUACAUUCAAACGACGGAGGAGAACUUGCCCGCUAUUAUUCUUGUCACCAUCCUCCCGUGGAUCAAUUGGGCGCUCCGGUUGCCGAUCGUGAAGAGUGUGCUUCCGUCGGAUAAGGAUACGAUUGGUCUUGGAAAGAUUAUCGGAAUUGCGAAGCAGGUUGUGGGCGAGCGAUUCGGUCCGGAUAAGAAAGUCCAGAAAGACAUGCUUGGUUCAUUCAUUGCUCACGGUCUCACCCAGACAGAGGCCGAGUCUGAAACAUUGGUCCAAAUCCUCGCCGGAUCCGACACGACCGCGACAGCCCUCCGCGGCACCCUCCUCCACAUCCUCACCAACCCCCGCGUCCACGCCCGCCUCCUCGCCGAAAUCAAAACCUUCGCCCCUUCCACCCCCAUCCAAGACACCGAAGCCCGCCAAAUGCCCUACCUGCAAGCCGUCAUCAAAGAAGGCCUCCGCAUCUUCCCUCCCGUGACGGGGCUCAUGUCCAAGGACGUCCCCGAGGGCGGCGACACCUUCAACGGCUUGUACAUUCCCGACGGCACCAAGAUCGGCUACUGCGCUUGGGGUCUCUUCCGGAACAAGGACAUUUGGGGCGAGGACGCGGCUGUUUUCCGGCCCGAGAGAUGGAUUGAGGGCGCGCCGGAGAAGAUUAGGGAGAGGGAGGCUACGCUGGAGCUUAUUUUUAGUUAUGGAAGGUGGCAGUGUUUGGGGAAGAAUAUUGCUUUGAUUGAGCUGAACAAGGUCUAUGUUGAGCUUUUGAGGAGAUUCGACCUUUGCAUCGUCGACCCCACGAAUCCGUGGAAAUCGGUCAACCAUGGAAUCUUCACACAGUCGGAGAUGUGGAUAGUGGCGAACAAGAAGACGGAGGCUUAA